AUGCCAACGAAGAGACGAAUUCUUUCCUGUCAGCCAUGCCGGCGAUUGAAGACCCGGUGUGAGGUGCCCCCGGGCUCAAGGCAAUGCGCUCGGUGCAUAUCUUUAAGACUCGAAUGUUCUCUACCUGCUACAUCUGCCAUAUCAAGCCCAGAUGCAACAUCGAGUAGGCCAGAGAGGCCGUCUGACCAGCCUGUUGACUGUCACUGUGCAAAAAGGCUUGAUGCUCUUGAGAAUUCUAUUUCCGAGAUGAAUGAGUUGCUGAAAUCUCACCUGCUUGGAAAUGCUCACACCCCCGCCAAGGAUUCCACAAGUGAGGUCGCGGCACAUACCCAAUUCAGCACGGGGACAGAUAUCGACAAGAGAGGACAGAGUGUUGCUCUAUCCCAAGAUGCCGAUAUCAAACCAAGAACCGAGGUUCAGCCUGCUCCAAUCACAGUUGUCCGCCACGUUGGUAGUCUCAUCACAGAGCCUGUGACAGUCGGAGAAAACGACUCGCUUCUGGGACACAUGACCGAGAUGGGACUCGACUCAGACACUUUUUCGGUGGUAUUUCGGCAUGGAUUCGAGCAAAUAGCCUCAUGGUACCCAUUCCCACAUGAGACUCUGAUUGACCUCAAGCGAGACCACCCAUUACUCUUCGCUAUGUGCCUUUUGGCGGGCAUUCGAGCUACAGAGGGCUUGAAUCGCUCCGAUCUACAUAUCACAUUGUACUCAAUGGUCAAGUCUCACUUGGGGAUGAAAACCUUGGAAACACCCAUCGACCUUUCUACCAUUCAUGCGAUGUUAAUAUUUAGCGCUUGGAGCUUUGGGCCACUUGUACCGGGUGGUAGAUACAUUGACAGUUGGCUAAUGAGCAGCACAACCAUCACCCACUGCAUGCUCAGCUUCCCUCUUUCCGAGCUUAGCUCCAUGACUGGGUUCUACGAUCCGAUAAGUCGGAACAAGUGCAGAAUGUGGAUCCAGGCAUCACUUGUACAUUUGAAGUUUGCGAUUGGUACAGGCCGGCCAUCCGUUGUUGGAUGUCAGCACCUUCAUCAAUUAAACGAUAUUGUCCGGUACUCUGGAUUCGAGACGUUCGAUCAUCUCCUUGCAGCAGAACUCAAACUUUAUAUCCAUUUAUACGAAGCUAUUUAUCAAACCGUGGGCUCGGUUGGUGAUGCUUGGGACAUGAUUCACGUGUGGGGAAGCAAAUAUUUGGCAGAGGGAAACAUUGUCCUAAGAUGGGCCUAUUCUUGCACAUCUCUUAUCCUGUCUCGAUGGGAACUCGCAAAGCAGAACCAAUCCAUGUCCCCAAACUCGCCGAUCCGGAAUGGACGCAUCAAUGAAUUGACAGAGGCAGUCAUACGACAUGCUCAGCUGGUUCUGAGAGAUAUCAUGGUCCUCUGUUCAUCUGAUUCUGCAUUUACUAGGCCGACAUAUGACUAUCUACUUACUGCGUAUGCGGGCGUCACUCUGGCGGAAUAUUGCUCGAGUAUUCCGGAUAUGCACGCAACAUAUACGCUGAUGGAAAAUGUUCGGACUGAGGCCAGGAUUCCCAGAAGUAUAGAGGGGGUUUUUAGCUGGGCCACGAAUGUUGUGCAAAAGAAGGCGAGAGACUUUGUGGAUUCCACCGUGUCAAUCGGUGUUGGUGAUAAUUUCUAUUCAUAUCCAGCGUCUGUUGCGGAUUGGGCACCUUUUCGGUUUAUUGACUCGAUGCCUGCAUCGGACUGGAAUGUGAUCAAUGGACCUAUGCCUCAAUUCUAA